AGGGGGCCCUGCGGGGAGGGGGCCGCCCGCCAUGAACCCUGCCCUGAAGCGGCAGUUCGAGGCCGCCGCCGAGGCCGAUGGCCUGGUGGAGCAGCAGAAGAAGGCAAGGGGGCGCGAGAUCGGCACGGUGCAGAUGUACGACAAGGGCAAGGGGUUUGGCUUCAUCUACGAUGCCGACAAGGAGAAGCUCUUCGUCCACCAGUCGCAGAUCGUCUCCGCCGGGUUCCGCCGGCUGGAGGAGGGGCAGAAGGUCUCCUUCCUGCGGGGCGAGAACCGCGGCAAGCCCUGGGCCGAGGAUGUGAGGAACCCAGACGGCACGAAUAUCGUAUUCGAGGAGAAGGUUGAAGAGGUCUCUGCCUCCUUGGCCAAGAAGAGGCGGCAGCAGCUGAAGGAGCAGUGGCGCAACUUCUUCGACAUACCGCAGUACGCUCUGAAGGCGCACGGGGAGUCGCUUCCCAUCCACGCCUCGAACCAGGAUUCCUUCAUCAUGGGGGACGUGGUCCCGCAGCUGGGGAAGGUCUUCGCCCUGUGCCACGGCUGCUGCGCCGUGGGCGGCAGGGGCAACGAGUGCACGUCGUACUUGAAAGACAAGAUGGCCAAGCACAUCUCGAAAGGCUAUGAGGACAAGGGCGACGCGGCCGUCGCGCUGGCCAGUGCUUUCGAGGUCGCCGAGUCAGAGUUCAUAGAACGUGCCAAGAUGAAAAGCCUCACCGACGGCGCCGAGGUAUCCUUGAGCCUCUUCGUGCACGCACUCAACGCAUCUGGCCAGCCGUGCGUCCAGCUGUGGCAGUGCGGCGUGGGCGGCGCCGUGCCCAUCCUGUGCACCGCAGAGGGCAUGCCAGUGAGACUCCUAGAGCCGCACACGACGAAGAAGGCCACUCAGCAGUUGGAGGAGGCCGGCUACAUUGUCAGCGAGAACGGCACCCCGCAGACGGUCUUCGCAGAGGUUGGUCAGCACAAGCCGACAGACAUGUUCAAGCUGCCGGCCAUGCGUUUGAUGGGCGGCAGGCCCUUCAAGACUUCCAAGAGGUCACCAGUUCACGGCAAAGCCGAGGUCAGAAAGGUGCGGGAGUGGCGCUGCGUCGCCGGGGAGGAGCUGUUCCUGGUGCUGGUGUCCGCCGAGGUGGCUUCGGUCUUGUCCGACCAGGACAUCGUGAACGUGGCCCUCGACGCGUGGGGGAGCAACCCGGAGGCCCUGGACGGCUGGGAGGCCGCCGCCAAGGCGGUCGUGAGGACGGCGCAGGCCCAGGGCCCUGCCACCGACACGCUGCAGUGCCUCUGCGUGCAGCUCUGGUGGCAGGAGAAGCCGCUGCAGCGCCUGCUGGCUCGCAGGGCCGACAGGAUAAAGUCGGGCACGGGCGUGGGCGAGCCGGUCUCGAAGCCGAAGGAGAAGGACGACUUCGACAUGUUCGGCUGAGGGCCCGCGCCGCGCCGAGGCUGCCGCGUCUGCACCUCCGCUCGUGCGCGGCGGGCGCGGGGGGGGGAGGA